CAGGCCAUCUUUCUCCCUCAAACUACAUCUGGCGUGUCUCGCCGUGACGAGCACGCCAUAUUAUUCACCACACGCCCUUCUUAUUCCCAUGAUGCGCGCGAGAAUCUGCAUAUCAAAGCACUGAGAAUCUACAGAUCGAGGUCAUACUAUGAGCUUCCUCAACUCCGUUCUUUCCUCUAUUGGCACCGGCCAGCCGGCGAGCCCCUCUACAGCCCCGGCACGAGCUCCAACGCUCUCUUCCACGCCUGGUAGCAGAAGACCACUUCCCAUAAAUGGCGUCACCCUAGUUCAAGCGACGAAACGCAAGGCCGAGAGUGACAUAGGCGCUGUAGCGACAAAGGCACCUCGGACAGACGAUCAGCAGCAUGGUGCGGUUCGGUAUACCGGGACUGCAAAAGCCAGUGCUACGCCACCUGUGAGUCGACCUUCGUCAAGGCCUGCAUCAACUGGCCCGGAUAGUCUUCCAUACCGUGGGACUGCGAAUUCCGGGCCGUCAACGACAAAUGGACCCAAAUCUGUCGUCAAAUCGACUACAGUGGUGUCAUCCGCCCCUGCGAGACCCAUCUCCAGGCCCACGACGCCGGCAAACAGUGGGUUGGCGCCACCUGCUCCUAAAGCCGGAUCAUAUGCAGCCAUGUUGGCUCGGGCCAAGGCCACUCAAUCCGAGAAGCCCGUAGUCGGCUCGAUCACACACAAACAGACCGAGAAAUUGACCAAGAAGGAGCUUUUGGCUCGUAAAGAGGAGGCAAAGAAACAGCAGCUAUUGAGCAAAGGCAAGUCGGCAACUACAAAUGGACGCCCGGGAAAGCCUGACGCAAAGUCCGAUACUGCAAGGGAGAAGAAGAAAUCCGAGCCCUCGUACCAGGGCACUGCGCAUGGGAAGGCUCCCGAGCCAUCAUACAGCGGCACUGCGCGCUCCGGUCCUGCGACGAAAUCCCACAAGUCCGCACCUUACGUGAAGGGCUAUAAUGGCAGGAUAUCCGAGAAGAAUCGAGGACCCAGCUAUGCAUACGCCGAUGAAGAUGAAGACGAAGAAGAAUCUUACAUGUCUGACGCAUCCUCUGACAUGGAAGCUGGCGCGUUUGAUGUCGACCAUGAAGAACAGCUUAGCUUGCGCGCGGCAAAGAAAGAAGAUGAAGAGGCACUGCGGGAGGAGGCCGCACUCAGGCAGGCGAAACUAUUGCGUAAGAAACAGAUGGAGAAACUAGCCGCUGCCGCUGCCGCCAAGAAGAAGCGAUAUUAAACUCGAGGCUUUUUCUCCUUUCGGUCCUUUACUUUUGGGUCAGUCAUACUAGCGUGGUGUCAAUUGCAUCGGAGGGUUCGGGUUUGCGUUUAGCAUUUUGAUUGGGAGCAAUGGGCAUCACUGGCGCUUCAACCAUGAGCACCCACGGGUCUCUUGUCUUUGUCAUUUAUUUCAGAAAGGCGCCACUCUCUACUACUACUAGAAGGGAUCGGAUCGGUGGUACAGGAAGGGCAAGUCCACGCGGACACAAGAAUGCAGUCGUUUGUACGAACAGUAGACCACGGAUCUGUUGAUUUAGAUUAGAUACAUCGAAGCCUGCUAUAGUAUGCGAAGAGUUUGUUGAUUCUACAUAUGCUACUGUGUGAACAUACAUGCUUGUGUAGAAUGAACGUGUCGCUGUUGCUGUCAGGCGCGUCAAAGGGAAUGGGAAGGAAUCUAGCUCUACUUUUACAACUAAGACAAG